AUGUCACUUCAACUGUCCAAUGAGUGGACAGAGUAAAGAUAGCAGUUCCUGUUGCAGUGAGAAUGUCAGUCUAGAGACAGGAAUCGAGACGUAGCAAGGUUGGGCGCGUGAGAGUCCUGUCUUCUGGUAAUACCUGGACCUCCACAGAGAUUGGGCAUUCUGUGGAAUUCCUAUCCCUGAGAAGCAACAGCAACUGGGACAGAGAACACAUACCAGACAGCAACAUCCACAUGGAAGAAAUAAUAGCUGGGAAGUUAUUCAGAGUCAAACUGGGAUAGAAGGGACAGUUCUGAAUGUAUAGUGUAAUAAAACUACUAGUAACAAGGAAAUUGCGGCAUUGCUGACCAUCCACAUCCAACCCAAUGCCACAUCUCCAAUGUCACUCUGUAAACAUGACUGUGAGAGUGUUAUCCUUAUCUAAUGGAAAGUCUGCCUUGUGACCCCAGCCGUUUCGAACAGCACCACUCAAUGUCAAUUAUCUUUUUUCAAAUACAAGAGCUUCUCUGUGCCUGCAUUACUAAAAUAGUGAUUUGUGUAAUUUAAACACAGGAAAUCGGAAGUAUUAUAUAUUUAUCCUAGGAAAUUCAGACCUUUCAACUUUUCCUAUUUUCCUUCAAGUGAUUUGUCUGUUAACAUUGGAAUCAUGGGGGCCACCGGUUAUGGAUACUAUCGUACCGUCAUCUUUUUCUCCAUGUUUAUUGGCUACUCCCUGUACUACUUCAACAGGAAGACUUUCUCGUUUGUUAUGCCCUCAUUAAUGGAGGAGAUUAAACUGGACAAAGAUGACUUAGGACUGAUCACCAGUAGUCAGACCAUGGCUUAUGCCAUCAGUAAGUUCAUCAGUGGUGUACUGUCGGAUCAGAUCAGCGCUUGCUGGCUCUUCUCCAUCGGCCUGUUUGUGGUGGGAGUUAUCAACGUGUUCUUCUCCUGGUCCUCCACUGUGACAUUGUUUUCUGUUUUUUGGUUCAUCAACGGUCUGGGCCAAGGCUUUGGCUGGCCACCAUGUGGGAAGGUGCUACGCAAGUGGUUUGAGCCAUCUCAGUUUGGAACAUGGUGGGCGGUGCUGUCCUGCAGCAUGAACUUGGCUGGGGGACUGGGGCCUCUUCUGACUAUGCUGUUGCUUCAGUACUAUGACUGGAGGACCAUCCUAUCCAUGUCAGGCAUAAUCUGUGCAUCCUUUUCAUUCAUCUGCCUGAUGUUAAUAAAGAAUGACCCCAAAGAUGUGGGCCUGCCCAGUGUCGAGGCCGCAAGCAAGAAAGGAGUAACCAACUCUGAGAGUACCCUCAGUGAGUUCCUGCUGUCUCCCUACCUGUGGGUGCUGUCCCUGGGCUACCUGGUAGUGUUCGGGGUGAAGACGGCCUGCACUGACUGGGGCCAGCUCUAUCUCAUUCAGGAUAAGGGCCAGAGUGUCCUCAUGGGCAGUUCCUACAUGAGUGCCCUGGAGGUUGGCGGUCUAGUGGGCGGCCUUGCAGCCGGCUUCCUGUCUGACAGGGCUGUUGCGAGGCAAGGUUUGGGUACCCAUGGUAACCCUCGCCAUGGCCUGCUCCUCUUCAUGAUGGCUGGUAUGUUUGCGUCCCUAUACCUGUUCCGAAUAACAAUCACAGCUGGAGCACCGAAGGAAGACCCAAUUUGGGUAGUGGCCCUUCAUCCUCUCUCUGUCCUCAUCGGUCUUUCAGAGAAAGAGAUUUGGAUACUUUCCCUGGGUGCUAUGUUUGGAUUCUCCUCUUAUGGACCAAUUGCAUUGUUUGGAGUGAUAGCCAAUGAAAGUGCUCCAUCAAACUAUUGUGGGUCCUCCCAUGCCAUUGUAGCUCUCAUGGCCAAUGUUGGGGCUUUCUUUGCCGGACUCCCUUUCAGCACCAUAGCCAAACACUACAGUUGGGAAAUGGCCUUCUGGGUCGCUGAGGUGACCAUUGCCGUGACAACAGUCUUCCUCUUUCUGCUCCGUAACAUGCGCACUAAAAUGGGCCGUUUCCCCAAAAAAAUUGAUUAAUCUCUGCAUCUACUGAGCUGUGCCCACACCCAGUUUCCAGUAUGGUAGGGCUGUUGGAGAGGCUGCUCCCUAUACAUGCCCCUUUAAUAAACCUCCUGUCCCUGAAAACACAACGCUAGGUCAAUGUGAUCUCACCAUGAAACGUUUUACACCAUAGUCAUAUUUUGUCCUCAGAGCAACCAUGUUAAAAAGGAGACACUUUAAAUGUUACACUUUAAUUCACCUUUUACCCUUUAAUGCAUUCAGUAUCACUCUUCUCACCAGCCCAAAAUUUCUAGGCAACUACAGAACCUACAUCUAUGAAAUUCACAGGAUUUACAUAAAUAGUAUAGUACCUAUACAUUUCAAAUAGUCUAUUCUCCUACCAGUUACUACAACCCUGUUUCCAAGAAAGCUGGGUUGCUGUGUAAAAUGUAAAGAAAAACACAAUGCAAUGUGAAAAUCAUUUAAACCCUAUAUUCAAUAGAAAAUACACUGCUAAAAAAUAAUUUGGGAACACAUAAUGUCCAGUUAGGAACCAUAAGUGUGAAUCAAUGUCUCGUUUAAGUGCAAAUGAAAGUGACAACAGGUGCCCUGGAGAGGCAAUAGCAAGACAACCCCCAAAAAGGAAUAGUUUUGCAGGU